AUACAAUAAUGGUUCAUAAGGUUAUGCGUCAAGUAGAAUAAGCAAUUUACUAUUAUAAUCUAUCUAUGGCCAUGUAUGACAAAUACCCAAAUUAUAAAUAACAGUUUACAUCGGUCUGUCAGCCGAGUUGCACGGAUAGCUUAGUAAUUUGCCGCGAAAAUGUUGCGGCGCAUAGUAAUUUUUAACGCGUUUUGCGUAUUUUUUGCGGCCAGUUACAUAGUAGUACCGGGCCCAGCUUAUCCGGCAACGAAAGGGGAAAUUUGGCCAAAACCUCAACAGGAAACAAAAGAAUGGACUUAUUAUAAAUUAUCACCUGCGGUUUUUAAAUUUACGGUAAAAGGAAAAACAUGCGACAUAUUGAAAGCUGCGAUAGAACGUUACACUAGUGUGUUAAGAACAACGCACCAUAUAGCCUGGAAACACACUAAGAAGACAUGGAAAAAAGUCGAGUCUCGAUCUACGGCAGCAGACCCCGACUUCAAGGGGGCCCUGCAAGAACUCCAAAUAAAUCUGCUGGCACCGUGCGAAGUCUAUCCGCACUUGGAAAUGAACGAAAAAUAUAGCCUCAAAGUAUCUGGUAUAUCGAAACUUGAAAGUGAUUCCAUAUGGGGCAUAUUAAGAGGAAUGGAGAGUUUCGCUCAACUAUUCUACAUGGCGAAAGGAUACAAAGACGUUCUUAUUAAUGCAACACAAAUCGUCGACUUCCCAAGAUACACGUAUCGGGGGCUUCUUAUUGACACAUCACGGCAUUACAUCACAGUGGCAAAUAUCCUCAAAACUUUGGAUGCCAUGGAAAUGAACAAGAUGAACGUUUUACACUGGCAUAUAGUUGACGACCAAAGUUUUCCCUACCAAAGCGAGAAAUUCCCCCAAUUGAGUUUACAAGGCGCAUACGAUCCUUCCAUGGUAUACACUAAAACAAACAUCAUCCAAAUAGUGUCCUACGCUCGGGACCGCGGCAUACGCGUUCUUCCUGAAUUCGACGUGCCUGGACACACGAGAUCCUGGGGCGUGGCCUACCCAUCGAUUCUGACAAAAUGUUAUCAGUAUGGACAGGUGGUUGGCCUAGGUCCGAUGGAUCCAACAAACAACGUCACGUACAAACUGAUCGGCGAUCUGUUCCGGGAAGUACAGGAAAGGUUCCCUGAUAAAUAUUUCCAUCUCGGAGGCGACGAGGUUGCCAUGGAGUGCUGGUCAUCAAACCCCGAUUUAAUCAAUUUUAUGUCAGAGCAUAACAUGACUAAGCCAAGCGAAUUGCACGCUUAUUUCAUGACGAAAGUUAUUCCUCUGCUAGGACAAAAGUCAAAGCCUAUUGUGUGGCAAGAAGUCUUCGAUGAAGGUGUCAAACUACCAAGUGAUACGAUAGUGCAAGUCUGGAAAACAGUUGGAGCACAAGACAUGAUUCCAAUCCUGUCAGCUGGUCACAAGUUGAUAUACUCAUCUUCAUGGUAUCUGGACUACCUAGCUAACGGCGGUGACUGGAACAAAUUCUACGCAGCUGAUCCCCGACAAAUGAUUCCAAAGCACUACCAGGACUUGGAUCUGAACAACAUCCUGGGUGGAGAGGCUUGCAUGUGGGGUGAAUCUGUUGAUGACAGGAAUUUAAUAAGCAGGGUGUGGCCACGUGCGAGUGCGGUAGCUGAAAAACUUUGGAGUGCUGAACAGCCGCGGUACAAUUACUACAAAAGCAGCGUCGUAGAGGUUAGCUGCCGGCUCGAAGAACACGCGUGCCGUAUGAACCGACGAGGCGUGCACGCACAACCCCCCAACGGACCAGGAUUCUGCAUCGCCUAAACUAUUUUUACGACUGUCUACAUGACUUUAAGAUACUUUUACUUUGUUAAGAUUAUUACGUUUAGAAUCCAAAGGUUGUAUUAAAGAAUGUUUUCUUCUGAAUAUUUUAUUUGUAAACUUAUACUUACUUAUCUAGAAACUUUUUUUUAUUAUACGUAAUUUUAGGUUGGCUUCACAAAAUCUUACGAAAGAUGAAGAAACGUAAAUCACUGGCCUGAUGAAUGCGUUCUCGAUUUUCUUUUUUAAGCGUUUUUAGUUUCGUUUGUUAUACAUGACUACCU